CGGGCAAUUGGAAGCAAAGAACCGGCUCACCUGAAGAGCCACCCGGCAGAUGCUCUCGCUGAGCAGGAUAUAGUGGAAAUGGCGGCACGUCUGUCCAAAGUCGAAGAGGUCGUCAAUAUGAAGAAGCUCAGCAAUGAGAGAAAUUAUCUCAAUGGGAAGCUUAAGAAGGCUCAUGACUAUUGCACCCUAAAGGCUCUGGCGCCGCCGUAGAAAGACCUCCCAAAGACGAAUUGACGAUGGCAAGGCAUGUGUUGCAACUCUACAGCAGAAGGCACGAGAGCACAACUCGAUUGAGAGAGGACCGCGACAUUAUUAUAUUUGGCGAGGACAAAGGGCAGUGAAGAGAGGAUAUUUUCCAUACCACUCACCACAGCCUUACUUGCGUCCCUGACAAAAGCCAGGGGCGGGCUCAAGUCCCCGACAGCUCGAGCAGAGCCGCAUGACCCAUGGGCCAUGGCCUGGGUUCCAAUCGGUCGGCUCGGCCUGUGUUAUGUGGACGGUAGCAUCACAUCGCUGUUCGAGGUUCUGUGUCACGUCGUUCGGGCGCACAGACGCGGCUCUUCAUGCCACCGGAAUGGAGCAGACGCCUCCAUCGCAUACGUCUCCUACGCCCUCCUGUGCUGAGGUUAGGCUCGGAUGCUGGAGCGUCGGGGUUGCGAAUCAUGGCACGAAGGAGCACACGAAGGGGGGUGCCUCAUUCCGGUGGCAUCGACUGCUAAUGUGCGCACGCAGGUGCAGCGCAACACCGUGGGGAGGAUUCUCGGCGGCCGUGAGAGUGAAAGGAGAGCAUGGGGCUUCGAACGAGACUCAGCCUGCACAGUGCCUGCUACGUAGUAAACCCUGUCCACAGGGGCCCUCAAGUCCGGAGGAGGCUCCAAUCGACUCUAGUGGACAGAGGAGAGUUUUCUUCUCUCCAUGGCACUUUGAAGUCCCGUUUCCCUUUCGGGAGAGCGCCGGGGUCGAGAACCACAGGAGACUCUAGGAGUAUCAGUUCCGGCUGCACAACCUAACUGAG